AUGAUUAGUGCCAAGAAGCUUAUCAAAUUGGCUAGAAAAUGGCAGAAGACGGCUGUUAUCAGGCGAAAAAGAAUCACACUGCCACAAACAGACACAAGCAGCUGUAGCACAUCAUCUACAGCUGAGAAGGGCCAUUUUGUUGUGUACUCUGCAGAUCAGAAACGGUUUUUGCUUCCUCUAGAUUAUCUUAACAAAGCAUUUGUGAGAGAGCUACUUGAACUGGCAGAAGAGGAGUUUGGAUUGCCUAGCAAUGGACAUCUCACGUUGCCGUGUGAUGCAGAGCUAGUGGAAUAUGCAAUUGCUUUGAUCAAUCAGCAUGUCACUAGAGAUGUAGACAAGGCAUUGUUGUUGUCCAUGGCUAGCAGUCACUGCUCAACAUCGUCGGAUCUCCAUCAGCAAGUAACAGUCCAUCAAUUACCAAUUUCCGGCUUCUAA